GUUUAGUUACAUCAGCCUCAGAGGCAGUGCAGUUUCCUAGUGUGCCCAACAAGCAGGCAUGACACUGGGCUUAUUUUGUGGUUUAGAGGAUCUGCUGGCCUCUGGAAGUCAGUUAGUGUGGACUGUGGCUGAACAGGUGCUGAGGAGAUGCUACAGUAAUGGGCUGGUACCCUGUAGGAGGUUCCUACAUACAUGGUGCCAUCAGGGAGAUGUCUAUCAGAUGACGGAGGGCCGCCUUUGUCAGGUGCUUCUUCUAGAUGACAGGCAGCUGGAACUGCUGGUCCAGCCAAAACUGUUGUCCCGAGAUCUCCUGGAUCUGGUUUCGUCACAUUUCAACCUGAAAGAGAAAGAAUAUUUUGGAAUCUCCUUUAAGGAUGAGAGGGGCCAGACAAACUGGCUACAACUGAACCGCAGAGUUCUGGACCAUGACUUUUCCAAAAAGACUGGACCACUUGAGCUCAAAUUCCAAGUCAGGUUUUACAUCGAGAGUGUUGCAUAUCUGAAAGAUGCUACCACUGUUGAACUGUUUUUCUGGAAUGCUAAGACAUCUGUCUUCAAUGAUAACCUUGAAGUGGAGAGUGAGACCGUUUUUAAGUUGGCUGCAUACACUGUGCAGGAGGCAAACGGAGACUACAUAAGUGAUGAAAGUACAAGAUCAGACUUAAAGAAGCUUCCUGCUUUUCCCACUGCAGUUUUGAAGGAGCACCCAUCCUUAUCAUUUUGUGAAGAUAAAGUAAUCGAACAUUACAGAAAGCUGAAGGGACUCAGUCGUGGACAGGCCAUUGUACGGUAUCUUACCUUAGUGGAAUCCUUACCUGCCUAUGGAGUUCAUUACUACAAAGUAAAGGAUAAACAAGACAUACCGUGGUGGUUGGGGAUCAGCUACAAAGGCAUCAGCCAGUACGACCUCCAAGACAAGCUCAAGCCACGAAAGCUCUUUCAGUGGAAACAGCUUGAGAACUUGUAUUUCCGUGAAAAGAAGUUUGCCGUAGAGGUCAACGACCCACAAAGAAGGACAGCAUCUAGACGCACAUUUGGUCAGUCUGGUCAGGUCAUCCACACGUGGUAUGCCAGCCACUCUUUGAUCAAAACCAUCUGGUUGAUGGCAAUCAGCCAACACCAGUUCUACUUGGACCGCAAGCAGAGUAAAGCCAAAAUAACCACAGCAAAAAGUUUGGGAGAUAUUGCCAUAGAUCUCACUGAAACUGGAGCCCCAAAGAAGCUGGUCAGCAUGGAAAGUAAAGACAAGCUCAUCAUGGCUAGCAAUGGAAGCUUGGUGUCUUCAAAUUCUGCAGACAAUGAGGUGAAUGAAGAGCAGAAGAAAGAAAAGAUUGCAGAGCUGAAAAACAAACAGAAGAACCUGGAGGAACUUCUAGCACAAAAGCUGGAUGAGCUGAAGACGAUCUGCAUCAGAGAAGCUGAGUUGACUGGUACAUUACCUAUUGAGUACCCUCUUGCAUCAGGAGAGAAGGCUCCUACUGUUCGAAGACGUGUGGGAACUGCUUUCAAAUUGGAUGACCUUUUCCCUUAUGAUGCAGAUCCUCAAAUAAGAAACCUGGAGAGCCGCUUUGCUCUCCAGAAGAAGAUUGUGGAGGCAGCACAAAAACUUGCAUAUGAAAAUGAGCUCUGUAAAACUGUGAAAAAGAAGCGGAGGAGAAACCUUGUGGAUGCUUCCAAAAAGCUCCAGGAGAUCGAAAAUGAGAUUAAUGGUUACAGAAUGAAGAUUGGCAAGGAGCCCACACAAAGAGCUUCUGUCAUAAUUCCUGAUAAUGUGAACCUUGACAACCUUUCCGACAGCCUUAAUUUGGAGGAUGAUGAACCAUCCCAGAGACUACGUUCACGUUCAGUGCAGUAUUCUCCUAGCCCCAGCUCGUCAAACUCCUUUUCUGCACCAUACCAUUCAGACCAUGUAGAUCCCACCAAUGACGAUUACCAGAACUGCAGCAGAUUAAAUUAUGGUGAAGUACAAGAAACUUUGGCCUAUGCGCAUGGAGAUGCCUUAUCGAUACACAGCAGCUCCUACCUUCCACCCACACGACAACCCCGGGACUCCCGAAGCAUGCCCCCCACCCCACAACUUCCCCGCAAUGCCUACAGCAGCGUCCAGCUCAGCACUCAUUUUCGGCAGCGCAGCGGCAGUCUGGAAUCUCAAUCGCAGUUUCUUACAGAGAGUGAGCCAUCUGAGCCCACCUUUACCAUCACUCCUGCACGCCGUAGCAACAGCACUGAGAUCCUUGACGAUGGCUCCUCCUACACCAGCCAGUCCAGCGUAGAGUACUCUGUUCCUGGCUACCAUUCCAGGGCUCAAAAUCGCCAUCGACGAAGACAAGGCAACAUUUACGCCAACACUGGAAGCAUGCCUAAUCUAGCCCAAAAUGACUCAAGGUGUUAUACCACUCAACGUCUGCAGCUACCAACCACCACAGCCUAUUACGUUACCGGAUACCCGCAGGACACAGAACCCGAGAUGUACCCAAAUGGACCAUAUAUGUAUGAGACUGAGAUGGAGGGGCACUAUAAUGUUAACCCCUCCUACCACAGACAUGACCCCUACGGGAACUAUGGCCAGGAUGAGAUGGACGGUAUGUCUCAGAACCUUUAUGCUACUUUAAGGCCGUCAAGGAACCGUCCUCCAUCCAGAAACGAGAACUUUGUUAAAAGCAUGCAAAGGGCUGACGUUGCAGAACACUUACGAUGUUGGUACAACCGACAACACAGACAAAGCUACGACACCUACAGGGGUCCCCAGCAGAACUUCGGUUAUAGGACCAUGUCUUCAAGUUAUGUACGCAGCGACAGUACUGCUUCUUACUCGUCAGUUGGUUCAGGGAACUGGCAUGGUCGACCAGUCAUGGCAAUGUCGGAGUAUGAUUUGCCUCUUGCACACCAUCAGUCCUAUGGCUACAACACUGUACAUCACGGUCACCCCUUACACAGCAGAUCAUACAUGGACGUGAACCAACGUGAUUCUCACUUGAGCAGUCCAAUGGACAGCAGUUUUGACUCUGAAGACCAGCGGACACUUUAUUGGCAUGAAGACUCAAAACCAGGAACAAUAGUGUAGAGAGCAAGAGAAAUUGUUUCCUUCACUCUUUUGCUUCCUUAUGUGCCUUGUUCUCAUUCUCCUCAAAUUUGCUUAUUAAUGGCAAUGAGUUCCAAAGUUUGAAACGCAACAACCUCUACUGGAAUGUUACAGGACAAGAGCCUUAAAAAAGUCUGUGCAUGUAGCUGAUCCUGCUGAGUGACUUCAGGAAGCACAAAGCAUUCUGUGCUACAUACCUAAAAUGAAAGCACUUUGACUUAAAGACUGAACUGCUGUGGAAUCUUUGGACUUUGAUGCUGUAGUGUACUGAUAAGAUUGGAGUGAAUACAUUUUCAUCCACUCGACGUGACAUUGAAGGAUAUUGCAGACAUUGAAAAUUACGUCAGGCACAAACCAGCAUUGAUAUGAAGGCUUGAGACUGGACAAAUUUUAUGUGUGCAAAGUCUCACCAAAAUCUUUUGUAAAGCUUUUUUCACACUUGGAUUUUAAAUGUCAUUCAUAUGCUGAUCUCAUGUUUUUUUUGAGAAACCUUUUACAGUGUUUUUGCAUUCAUAACCCUUAAACUGAAAUUACUUGGAAUGUGACCAUACAAGAAAAUCCUUUUAUAUCCAGUAUUUUCUCACACAGUUUUAGUGCAUUCACAAUGCAGGCAUUGUUCCAGAUCCUUUGUUGCUUUGCACUGUGACGCCUGUGUACCAUUUUUAACUUGGUUCACAACCAGUAACACUGUUCUUGAUUAGUGUGCAACUAACUUGAACCAGUCACAAGCAGUAUUUCUGGGUUUCUGAUUUUGCACAUGCCAAGUACUAGUAAAUCAUGCCUGGAGCUGACAUUUUACUUUGCGUCAGCCAGUGCAAAGUAUUUACAUGUCUUUUUUUUAAUCCUGCUAAAACAAAAAGUGAGGGCUUUAAGAAACAACUAAUUAAUGAAAGAGAAGCUAAUUUUUUAACAUGGCUAUAUGGAAGGAGAGUUGUACAGACACUAACAAACUGUCAGGUACAAUUAUUUUGGAAAAUUAAAACUGCACUUUUAAACCCAAAUAGACUUUACUCAACACUAAAUAUUGGAAACUUUGACCUUGCAACAACAUUCUAUCUUUUUCUCUCUCCAGAAGGGAACUGUAUACUGUAUGUAUUUGUAAAUAAUGUAAAAAGUUUUGUUUUUUUCACCUUUUUAGAGAGAUUUGUUUUUAUCAUUUUGUAAGAUUUGUUUUGAAAGGAUAUAAUAUAUAGUUUGGAUUCUUCGAACUUUCUCGAAAGAAAAUUCAUUGGAAUUAAAUGAGAAUACCAAAAAACAAAAAGUGUUAUUG